UCAAUAGCCCAUGCUUUGACAUCCAAGGCUCUUUUCUUCUUCUUCUAUUUCUUCUUCUUCUCCUCCGAUCGCGACUGCUGCUGCUGCUACUGCUACUGCUACUGCUACUGCUACUACUGCUGCUACGGCUUCGGGAACGACGCCGGCGUCGUUCCCUAUACCUAUACGUCUGUCGAUCCACUCUCUGCUGCAGGUACCGCCCUCCGUAACCUG